CAUAACUUCAUUUUGGGGACACUGCUGCCGGAUUUUCGAUUCGGAAGGCGUUUGCUGUUUCUUUCAGUUUUCUAUUCCUCCAUUCCUUCCAGUUAAAGAAGAUGCCGCCAGGACAUAAUCAGAACAGGAAUCAGAACCAGGCUCCUGAUGGUGAUCAAAGGUUGAUGACCGUUGAGGAUUUCAAUCUCAGAGAGACCUCCCCUAGUCUUGGUGGAGGAAGGGUAGUCGGCAGUAACAAAGUGGGGACUGCUUAUGAUCUUGUGGAGCAAAUGAAUUAUCUUUAUGUGAGGGUGAUUAAAGCAAGAGAGUUGCCUACAAGAGAUGGUAAUGACAGACCUGAUCCCUUUGUUGAAGUUACAGUCGGAAGCAUUAACGGUAUGAGUAAGCAUUUAAAUGAUGUCUCUAAUCCUGAAUGGAAACAUGUAUUCGCUAUCUUGGGUGAUCAAAUUCAGUCACCUGUUAUGGAAGUUGCAGUGAGAGAUAAAAGUAGGAAUGGUGACAAUUUAAUUGGCCUGGUUACUUUUGAUGUCAUUGAGGUGCCAAGAAGGGUUCCACCAGAUAGUCCACUGGCUCCGGAAUGGUAUACACUGGAAAAAAGAAAUGGAAUUAGGACCGGUGGAGAAAUAAUGUUGGCUGUUUGGAAGGGUACACAAGCUGAUGAGGCCUUUCCAGAAGCUUGCCAUUUGGAUGCUGGAACUGCAGUGAGUAAUGAUGGGGUGGCAAAUUUCAGGUCUAAAGUAUACUUAUCUCCCAGGCUCUGGUAUCUGAGAGUGAAUGUGAUUGAGGCUCAAGAUUUGCAGCUUAGUGAUAAAAAUAGACAGCAUCCAGAAUUUUUUGCAAAGGUUGCACUAGGAAAUGUGAUUUUGAGGACUAAGAUUACACAGAGCAGAAAUAUGUGUCCAUUGUGGAAUGAAGACUUGAUGUUUGUAGCCUCAGAGCCUUUUGAGGAACAGUUAAACCUAAGUAUUGAGGAAAAAGUUGGACCUAACAAAGAGGAAGUUCUGGGCAAGUGCGUGAUUCCUUUAAAUGAGAUGGAGAGAAGGCUAGAUUUCAGAACUCCAACUAGUAGGUGGUAUGGUCUUGAGAAGAAUGCUUCUGAUAAUGGACAAACAAAAUUGGUGAAAUUAAACAGCAGGGUUCGCCUCAGAUUAUCCUUAGAUGGUGGUUAUCAUGUUCUUGAUGAAUUGACUCAGUAUAGUAGUGAUUUCAAGCCAACCGCAAAGCAGCUGUGGAAACCAGCAAUUGGUAUUCUUGAAUUGGGAAUAUUGAGUGCUCAAGGUUUGUCACCAGUUAAGACAAAAGAUGGACGCGGGAUGACUGAUGCUUAUUGUGUUGCAAAAUAUGGACAAAAAUGGAUCAGGACAAGGACCAUCUUGAACAAUUUCAAUCCCAAGUGGAAUGAACAAUAUACCUGGGAAGUUUUUGAUCCAUGUACUGUGAUCACUAUAGGUGUGUUUGACAACAGCUACUUGCAGGGGGACAAGCCUGGGGAAGCAAAAGACUCUAGAAUUGGAAAAGUGAGAAUUCGGCUAUCUACUCUUGAAACUGAGCGGGUAUACACACAUUCGUAUCCACUCAUUCUCCUGUCAUCUUCUGGGGUAAAAAAGAUGGGGGAAAUACAAUUAGCUGUGAGAUUUUCGUGCACAUCUUUGUUAAACAUGCUCCAAAUGUAUAACCAGCCCCUCUUGCCGAGAUUACAUUAUAUGCAUCCUCUUACUUGUUUUCAGAUGGAUAAUUUAAGGUAUCAAGCCACACAGUUAAUCUCCAAGAGGUUGAGCCGGGCUGAGCCUCCACUGCGAAAAGAGGCUGUAGACUAUAUGGUUGAUGUGGGAUCAAACAUGUGGAGUAUGAGAAGAAGUAAAGCAAAUCACUACAGGGCUGUUUUUGUUAUUUCUGGUGUUAUUGCUUGCUGCAGGUGGUUCAAUGCUAUAUGCACUUGGCAAAGUCCUUCCAUGACAAUUCUUGUUCACAUUUUACUCUUGUGCUUUGUAUCUUAUCCCAGAAUUAUGUUGAGCAGUUUGUUUCUUUCCCUUUUCUUUCUUGGGAUUGGAAAAUAUAGAGGGAGACCUAGACAGCCCCCUCACAUGGAUAUCAGAUUGUCGCAUGCUGAUAAGGUAUUUCCUGAUGAGUUGGAUGAAGAAUUUGAUACUUUUCCAACUUCUAAGCAAGGAGAUAUCCUGAAACUGAGGUAUGAUCGGUUGAGGUGUAUCGGAUCAAGGUUACAGACUGUCAUUGGUGACUUGGCCACUCAAGGGGAGAGGUUCUACAGUCUCCUUAGCUGGCGAGAUCCUAGAGCUACCUUUCUAUUUCUCAUCUUUUGCUUGGUUUCCGCUAUAGUAGUAUUUGCUGUUCCUUUCAAAGUCCUGUUUACGGUUUUAGGCUUCUACUUGAUGAGACAUCCAAGUUUCCGUGAAAGGCUUCCAGCAUCGCCUACAAAUUUCUUUAGGAGGCUGCCAGCGCGUUCAGACUCCCUGCUCUGAAGCAUUUUCUCUGUGGUUGUUUGGUGAAGCAGAUCUGAUAUAUAAUUUAAUGAAGAAUACUGAAUCUCCC